GCGCUGCAUGUGAGCUUAAGGUCGAUCGCCAGAUUUGAUUAUCCGAAAUAGGUUUGAUACUUGUUACCUCUUGGAAAAAAGAAUUGAUCCCUUGUUACGCAGACAAUGAAGUUAGUUGUGCAUUGGUUUUGUCUGUAAAAAAGUUAACUUUUAGAAUAAAUAUCGAUGGUCUUCUAGUCUAUUUCCCCUAUGAAUACAUAUAUCCAGAACAAUACCACUAUAUGAUUGAAUUGAAGCGGACAUUGGAUGCAAAAGGUCAUGGUGUUUUAGAAAUGCCUUCUGGUACAGGUAAAACUGUCUCCCUUCUCUCGCUGGUUAUUGCCUACAUGAAAGCACGUCCAAAAGCUGUAGAGAAAUUUGUCUACUGUUCACGUACAGUACCUGAAUUAGAAAAAGUUAUCGAAGAAUUAAAAGUGUUGGAUAAAUAUUAUGCUAUGGAGACUAAUGAAAAAGGUUGUGGUCUACUCGGAUUGAUACUUAGCUCACGUAAAAAUAUGUGUAUUGAGCGUGAUGUAAAAGCUGCCGGUGAUGGUGCUGCAGUUGAUUCUGCUUGUUUUCGUCUAACUGCUAGUUUUGUGCGUAGAAAACAUUUAACUGAUCCUACAGUCCCAUCAUGUAAAUAUUUUGAGGUAGAUAUUACACUUUUUGUUAAUCUAUGUCUUUAAAAAAAAAAUUACACUAGGAAUUUGACUUACAUGGUCGUGAAAAUCCUAUUCCCACAGGAAUAUAUAAUAUGAAUGAUAUCAAGGCCUAUGCUAAGAAGAAUAACUACUGCCCAUACUUUCUCACUCGAUAUGCUAUUACAUAUGCCAAUAUUGUUGUCUACAGUUAUUUCUAUCUCCUUGAUCCAAAGAUAGCUAAUGUUGUAUCACGUGAAUUACCAAAGAAUUCAGUUAUUGUCUUCGAUGAAGCGCAUAAUAUUGAUAAUGUUUGUAUUGAAUCAAUGAGUUGUUUAAUUACACGACGUUCUUUAGAAAAGUGUACCACUAGCUUGAAUCUACUAACAGAAACAGUCAAUAGAGUGAAAGAAAAUAAUUCUGAACGUUUAAAACAAGAAUAUCAACGACUUGUGGAAGGUUUAAGGCAAGCACAAAUAGAAAAAGAAACUGAUCUUGUAUUAGCUAAUCCAGCUUUACCAGAUGAUAUACUCCAAGAAUCAGUCCCUGGAUCACUACGAAGUGCAGAUAGCUUUUUAUCAUUUCUGCGCCGAUUUUUGGAAUAUGUAAAAUUACGUCUACGUAUCGCUCAUGUAGUGCAUGAAACUCCUGUGGCAUUUCUACGUGAUUGUCUAGAGAAGGUGUGCGUUGAUCGUCGACCACUUCAAUUUUGCGCUGAAAGACUACGUUCUCUACUGCACACAUUGGAGUUGGCAGAUUACUCAAACUUUUCUAGUUUAACAUUGUUGUGCAAUUUCGCUACACUGGUGUCAACAUAUACCAGAGGAUUUUGUAUCAUUAUUGAACCGUUUGACGAACGUUCACCCACUGUGAUGAAUCCAGUGUUAUACUUUCAUUGUAUGGAUGCUAGUUUACCUAUACGACCGGUGAUGUCACGAUUCACUAGUGUAAUUAUUACUUCUGGGACACUAUCACCGUUGGAGAUGUAUCCACGUAUACUAGAUUUUCAUCCGGUGAAUACAGUCUCAUUUACAAUGACAUUGGCUCGUAAUUGCGUCCUACCAAUGAUUGUAUCGAAAGGCAAUGACCAAGUACCGAUGACAACAAAAUUUGAGACCAGAGAAGAUGUUGCUGUGGUACGUAAUUAUGGCCAUUUGUUAGCUCAACUCUCUUCUGUUGUUCCAGACGGGAUAGUGGCAUUCUUUCCAAGUUAUCACUAUCUUGAAUCCACUUUCUCCAGUUGGUAUGAACAACGAAUUGUUGAACAAAUUCAACGACAUAAACUGCUCUUUGUUGAAACUCAAGAUGCUGAAGAAACAAGUCUUGCUUUAGCUGCAUACCAUCGUGCAUGUGAGAACGGUCGAGGAGCUGUCUUAUUAUCGGUUGUUCGUGGUCGCGUUUCUGAGGGUAUUGAUUUCGAUCACCACUUAGGUCGUUGUGUAAUUAUGUUCGGUGUACCCUAUGUGUAUACUCAGAGUCGGAUAUUCAAGGCUCGUUAGAUUUCCUUCGUGAACAGUACAAUAUUAGACCGAAUGAAUUUAUCACCUUUGAUGCAAUGCGUCAUGCUGCCCAGUGUUUAGGGCGUGCUAUUCGUGGGAAAUCAGAUUAUGGAAUUAUGAUAUUAGCCGAUAAACGUUAUUCACGUGCAGAUAAACGUUUCAAACUACCCGGUUGGAUACAAUCACAACUACAAGAUGCAUUUGUCAAUCUGUCCAUUGAAGAAGCAGUUCAAGCAUCACGUCGUUUCUUACGAUUAAUGGGUCAACCAUUCAAUAAAGAAGAUCAAUUAGGCUUAGCCUUGUUGACUCGUGAGCAUAUUGCUAAACUUGUUGCUCAGAAUCAAACGGCUUCAGCUAUUUCUAGUGGGAAAAGUUGCUUACAACAGGUGAAUGAUGAUGACCCAGGUAGUUUAACGCAACAACCAAGGACUGUAACGACAGCAUUUCGAUAACAGAUUUUCCUUUUUUGUUUUGUAAUUUACCAUGUACAGUAUCUCUUCACCUGUAAAUGAAUAAGUUAUCCUAACAUUUGGUGCUUUUCAUAUAUGCGUAAAGAAAGUUAUCUGUUAA